AUGAAUAUCUUAAAUCAAAAAUAAAUAUAGGAAACAUAAAACACAAUAUGCAAAAUUCAUAAUCUAGAAUUUAUAGCAGUUGAUUUGAAUUUAUAAGAUAAGGCAUAAAUUUAAUUUUUUUGUGGUAAAUGCUUAGUUGAGAAGUUAAAUAAUAAUAAAGUGACCACUAUAGAAUAAUCAAAAGAGAGAAUCUAAAAAGUUAAAAUUUAGUAAAAAGAUGUUAAAACAAAAAGAAUUAAGCAAGGCUAGCCUAUUAUAAAAAUAUAUUAGAUCAAAUUAUGGAUUUCAAAAGAUUUGUAGAUGAUUCAUUAGAUAAGAUGUAUAAAUAAAUUUAACAAUACAUAUUUCCAAUUUAAAAGGAAAAAUAAGAAUUAAUUGAAUAUGAAUAAUAAUUAAAUUAUUUUGAAGAUUUAAAAUAAUUAUCACAAUUAUAUUCUUCAGAAGAAUAAAAAUCAAUUAAACUAUAAGAAGAUAAUAAUUUUAUUAAUGAAAUUUCAAGACAAUUCGAACUAUUGUUCAAUUGUUCUGAAUACUUUUAAACCUUAGAUACGUUUAAAAAUACAAAAGAAACUAUAAAGGAUAUUAUGUAAAAUAAUGUAAUUGAAUUACUUCCUUUUGUGAAUAUCAAAAAAAAUGAUCCGGUAUUAUUAAUUUAUUAUUAGUAGAAAACACCAAGUUUAAAUAGAAUUUGUAUCAAUCAUAAAAAGGAAAUUAUUAUGAUUGAUAUGGAUUCAUAGAAUAAGAAGAUUGAAGAUAGAUUUGUAUGCGUUGAUUGUAUUUCUUAGAAUCCCUAAAUUAAAUAUCAAACUAUUGAAGAUGUAGAUAAAGAAUGGAUGGAAUAAAAUACAGAGACUGAUAAAAUAUUAAAGGAGUACAAGAAAGAAAGUAGGAUUAAGAAAUCUGAAUUAUUUAACUAAAUAGCAUAAAUGAGAAGAAUUAUAAUAAAAAGUUAAAUGAAAUUAGUGAAAAAUUGA